AUGGAGAAGAUGCCACAGGAGCUUGUUGACAAUGUCGUCAAAUAUCUGAGCCCCCAAAGCCGUUUAAAUGCUAUGGAGGCCGGUUUCAUUCUACCGGACCAAGCCGUCCGACACAGCCAGGCAUGGAGGAAGAUAUUCAAGAACUUUGACUGGCUCGAGACAGCGGUUUGGGUUGGAGCCAAUCCGGUUCUUGUUGGACCAAAGGCAGAUGCCUUUUUGAACAACAAUGAUGAGCCAGAGAUUUACCUGGUCCUGCUUCCUAUGGAUUACUCCGGGGAUCUUCAAUACCACUUUAGCAACUCACGAUGUGAAUACGAGCAGGUCUUCUUAGAUGGCCUUCAAGAAGCCUAA